UACACAUUUGUUCGUUAAGAAAAAUAGUAAUAUUGUAAAAAAAAAAAAAGAAAGAAAGGAACAUUCUCUUUUGUCCGUCGAAUUGAGAAUCACUGAAUAAACGAGAGCCGUGAUGCGAUCACAUUGGCAACGCGGCUCGUACGCGAUUGGCUGGCAUGGGACUCGUCGUACGUUGAUUGGUGGAGUGUCGAAGGAGUCGCCAUCUCGUAGCGAUGUACUCAAGUUAUUACAGUCGUUGAAUAGUGGGGCGCGCUGGAGGGCGCGUACAACGAAUGAAUAAGCAGCGACACGUCUCUUCUAACCUUAGUUUAGACGCAUUCUACGGAGAUAUCGUGGUCCUCCGUACAUAUCUCGAACGGAGAAGGAGAGAGAGAGAGAGAGAGAGAGAGAAAGAAAGAAAGAAAGAAAGAGAGAGACUCACAAACACACACAUACGAUCAACGUUCGUUAAUAGUACGAGUCGUUCAAGAAGAAGAAACAAGAAGUAAACGAGAAUCAAACGAGUACGAGAGAAACGUCGAACUCGUGAAAAACGCAAAAGGGAACUCGUUUUUUUCUUUAUUUUCUCUCCUCUUCCACGCCAUAUUUCACGAGAGAAUAUAACGCGUAGUAGCACCGAGAGAAGAAAAGCAGAGUGACUCCGUCGUUGAGAAUGAAUAGCUGAGAUAUAGAAUUGUAGAAGUUCCGAGAAGGAGCGAUGAGCGGCUCUCGGCUUGGAAGAGGUCGAGGUGGACGCCUAGCCGUAUAUGGGGGUUGCGGGGUGGUGAUCAUACUAUUGGUGUUCCUUUACCGCGCCGCCACCUCAGAGAUGGCCAGACUACGUGAUCUUCAUAUACAGUGCGUUCAUCAACACGAGUCACUUGCUGCACAACUUCAAGUGAUAUUCGAGUACAAGGUACGACUGGAAAAGUCUUUGGCCGAGGAGAAAAGUUCGAACGCCGCUGUGAAACAGGAACUGCAGCAACGGGCCUCCCGAGAGAAAUCUUUGAGAGAUAAGGACAGUAUAGAGGCGAUGCAGAGAUUCAAUUCUCUUCAACAGACCUAUAAGAUACUUCAAACCGAGCAUCAGGAUCUUCAGGAAGAGUGUAAGAAACGCGAGAAACAGGUAUUGGAGGAAACGAACAGGUUGGAAUCUACUCUUCAGGAUCUUCGUAGUCGUAUCAGACAGACGAACGAGGAUAAGGAGAAAAUGAUAGGAGAGAAGGAUAGGACAUUGGAAAAUUUUAAAAACAAAUAUUUGGAAUUGGAUACGGAGAAGACCAAGUUGGAGGAAAAGUACAACGAUUUGAUGAAGAAUACUGGUAACACAGACAGUAUGAUCGAACAUUUGAGAAAGGAGGUCAUACAACUUAAACGAGAAUUGGAUAAUGAAAAGAAACGGUGCAAAUCAACAUUAUCGGAGUCAAGUCUGAUUAGUCCUAAACAGUCGCAGCCAGGAGAACAAAACAUGCCGGAUAAUACGGCGAUAGAUCCAACACAACAAGAACGUCAACAGGCACAACCACAAAAUGUACAGGCGAUUGUCUCGUCGAGCUCGAUGAAGACGAUACCAGCAUUGAAAUUGGAGACCAGUACAAAAUCCAACAGCAAUAUCGAUUCCGUGUCUUCUAACAAAGCAGCUAAAAUCGCUUCGAAGGUGAAAAUUCCACCUGGUGUAUUACCGAUUCUAAUGAUAAUGGAUCAGAAUGCCGAGAAGAUGGAGAAGGAGAAAACCAAUGAAAAAUUAGGAAAGAACGACGAAGCCGUUCAGAGUAUAGUUUUGAAAAAGAAGGAAGUUAUAUCGGAAGUAAAUAGUAAAGAAAAGGAGAAUGAAGUAAACGAUAACGAUAACGAUAACGAUAACAUAGAUGCACCAUAUAAAAGUUUAUCUGGGAAUAAACAUGUCGGUGAUCAGAUUGUUGGUGGUAGACGACAAAAUGGUAAUUGGUUUAAAGUGAAACCAGGCGUACAAGAAUUUGGUGAGGAACCCAAUCCGAUCGAUCGAUUGCCUGGAUUGGAAAGCAUCGUUGACAGACAAUUUGGUGCAGGUGAGGAACAAUACGUUGGUGCUGAGUACGAACCUCAAGCUCAAAAAGUAGAAGAUUUGCGUUUGGCUGAAGGCGAAGAGGAAGAAGACGAGGAUGAUCCAGAGGAUACUAUAUGAAAGAAGAGAUGUAAACGACGAACGAUGCUAAUUUUUUACGAGACAAAUCGUAACCUUAAUCGUCUUGAUGAUAAUCACCCCUCAGUACAGUACGAGAUAUGUUUUUUUUACAUAUUUUUUAUUUAUUUCUUUUUUUGAAUUUUUUUUUUUUUAUUAUCAACUUUACGAUGACGACGAUGACGACGACGAAAGAUGAAGUUGAAGGGUAACAAUAGUUCGUUAAUGAUUCUUGAUAGAAAAAAAAAAGAAGUUAAGAUGUAAAAGGAUCUUGGCUCUAUUCGAAAAUCGUCAAAUAGCCUAACUUUUCGAAUGAUCGUUCGUUAGAUUUUUCUAUUCGCUUUUUAAACAUUAUCCAUUUAUCUUCCGAAUUUUCUUCGAAUUACAAUAUCAAAAAGUGACGACAUAAUAUUUCGUCAAUGCAUCUUCUCUUUUUUUUUUUUCAUUUUUAUAACAGCCGCGAUUUAAUAUUUACGAAAGGAAAAAAGAAGUAUCGAAGCGAACGAAUCGUUUUUUUUAAGAGAAAAUUUAUACGUCGUCUAUAUAUAUACAUAUAUAUAUACAACGAUUCGAUUGCAAAAUUUCUUCAAAUGAGAUUAUCGAGAUUGAUAGAGGAAACAGACUGUAUUUUUUUAGGAUUAAUACAAAAGAAAUAAUUAACAGAAAAAAAAAUAUAUAUUAUAUAUAAAUAUAAAAGUCACACAGAUGUACAGAGAAAUGGCGACUCUCUGUAUCUCGUAAAAGGUUCUAAUCUUGAAUAAUAUGUAUAUUAAUCUUCGCGAACGAGAAACGUUCGUUUUUUCGCCUACGUAGAUCAUCGGUGACUUAAAUGCACUUAUUACUUAGUAUAAUCGACAUUCGAUGCACACUUCUUGACAAGUAAUACAUACAUGCAUGUGUGUGUGUGUGUGUGUGUGUGUGUGUGUGUGUGUGUGUGUGUGUGUAUGUGUGUGUGUGUAUUGUUAUAAUAUGAAAGAAAAAUUAUAAAAGUAAAAUCGAAAAAAGAAAGUAAGGAGUCGUGCGAUCGUCGACUCGUAUUGCUCGUAUUAUAUAUUAUAUAAUAUCGUAUUUAUAUUUUAUAUUUUUGAACAAUCACAAUUUUUACUUUUGAACGAUCGAAAGGACUUAACACGAGAGUGAGUGAGAUAGAAGGAUGGAUCGAACGAAUGUUAAAUGAAUUAUUUUAAGGAGUUUAUUAUAAUGAAAGAGCAAUUUGUUAUAUAAUCGUAGAAUUUAAUGCAGGAGAGACACUGUACGAAUGUAUAUAUAUACAUACAUACAUAUAUACAUACAUAUAUGUUUUUUGUUAUAAUAAUAAUAAUAAUUAUUAUUAAUUUUUUUUUAUUUCUUUUCGUAAUAAAAAAAAAAAAGAAAACAAAAAUUUAAGCUUUACAUUCGUCCUUCAAAAAAAAAAAAAAAUAUCAAAGAUUUCGACAAAUGGUGCAGCAAGUUUUUCUGAUCUAUGUUGCACGAUUUAGACGAAUAAGAUCGAGAAUGACGUCGAUGAGGUCAUUAAAAAGAUCUGUUUGCAUAUUUUUAUUUCCAACAAAUUUUAUUUUUCAUUUUUCUCUUCCGCAACAUCUCUCGGCCAUUUUCCCUGAUUAUUUUCACUUGAAUUAUUUCAUUGAAAUAAAAAAAGAAAAAGAAAAGAAAAAAAAAUAUAUAUAUAUAUAUAUACGUAUAAACAUAUGUACAUGCAAAGUUGUCGCGUAGAAGCACGUUAUCAUGAAGUCAUCGAUAUUUUUCCAAAUCAUCGCGUCGUCAAAAAUAAUGCACUAUUUCCACGUAAUCGAAAUACAUUCUUACAUUUAUGCGGAAUAUAUAUUUCUUCCUUGAAUUUCGAAUUAACAAGAUACGUGAUAGAGUACGAUAUUAUUUACGACUCUUCUAUACAUACAUAUGUAUAUGUAUUUAGGAAACGAUAAAAAAGAAUCAAAGUUUUUAUCGAAAUAUUGAUAAUACUUAUCGCAUUGUUUAUUUAUUAUUUUCAUUAUGUAUAUUUUCUUAUUACUAAUUUAUCGUCACGCAGAAUAGAUCGAGAGACAUUUUCAAUACGAGAUCUGUUUGUUCGCGAGACUCUGACUCAUUGCUGAGAUCUCUAUUAUAUAAGCUAUUCGAGAGAAUAUAUUACGGUAUAUUCGUACCGUUCUUAGAAUCUAAUUUGCAUGACGACAAGCGUCAUUGUUUAAAUAUUACACGCUCGACGACCUGAAGUUCAUAAAUUUAUGAGAUAAUUAUCGGCACGUUUCUGUUUAAGUUAAUUCGAUUAUGUCUGACAAUAACGACUCGAAUUUGACCUCAUUCGAUAGUUAACGAUCAUAGAAAUAGUGCUAAUAAUCGAGUUCCUUUUUUACUUUUGAUUUGAUUUUUUUCUAUCUCUUUCUUUUCUCCCAUUUCUUCUUCUCUUUCUUUUUUUUUAUUUUCUUCGAAAAUAAUCGAAACUCUAAAGACCGAGCAAAAUUUAAUUUCUUUAAUAAACGAAGACAAAAAGAAUCUGAAAGGUAUAAAAAAGAAGUCGUUGAGAUAUAUUCACAAAGUUCGAGGAAAUUUGAUUGAACACGUUAUCUGCAAUAAAAUAAUAAGGUUGUGUUUAUUUAAGAUAAGUAGUUAUAAGGAAUAUCAAGUGUUUCGAUGGAAUAGAUGAACACUUGAUAGAAAGAGAGAGAGAGAGAGAGGGAGAGGGAGAGAAAGUUUUGAUCUAUCGUUCGGGUUAUCGUAAUUGAACCAUAUUCUCUAGCACAACAUUACCGCAACAUUAACGCAAAAAUUGACUCUAAACGCACGUGUACACGUUUCGUCAAUAAUUAAUCUUUCUUAAAUGUUAUAUUUCAAACGUUAAAUUUCGUAUGAAUGAAACAACAUUCAGGACGAAUAAUUUUAGAAAAGAUCUGAAUGAUCUCAUCGUUCAUCUUGAUAGCAUAUUGGGAUGGUUACCUUCAAUUAUCUAGUUAGAAGUCUCUCCUCGUCUACUCGUCGUUUAGAACGUGUAAGUAAGUGCAAUAUGCUGUUCGCGUAAUCUUUCUAUACGGAGAAGAAGAAGAAGAAGGAAGAAGAAAUAAAAAUAAAAAGUUAAGUUAAAGUUAGAUUUAAUUCGAUGGAGGAAUAUUAUACGUUCGUAUUAUACGGAUCACGAAGAUCGAAGGAGGAAAAUGUUGAAGGGGAAUUUUUCUUUUUUUUUCUCUCUCUUUAAACGAAUUAUACAGACAACAAUAUAAUUUCCAAAUUAGAGAUUAAAAAUUCUGUGUGUGUUCGAAGGUUGCACUCAUAAUUUUUUCUCUCUGUCUCUCUCUCUCUCUCUCUCUUUUUCUUUCUUUAGAAAUUCGUUCGUCUCGAUUCUUCUCGACACCUCGAGGACCUUUGACCUUGGCGUAUCUCCUUCACGCACAUAUACGUAGAUACGUAGUACGUAUUUAUUUACCAACUCUAAUACAGUUUUGUUAACAUAUGUGAAAAAGAGAGCGGUGCUCGUGCGCUACGAGAGAUUGUAAGGAAGGUUGACGUAAUAUCAUUGCUCUCCCCCACUCCAAAUCUCAAAGAUCGUACGAACAUAACAAAGUCCUCGGUUAGUUGCUCCGAUCGGACAGUCUGAAUCCUUCGUCGUCAGAG